AUGUCUGCUGAAGAGAUUGCGAUGCUCGAUGCCGAAGAUAGCAUCGAGCAGGUGCUUAGUCGGUACUCUACAGAUCUUCGAUCAGGAUUGACUUCUGAGGCAGCAGAAAAGAAGCUCAAGGAGGACGGCCUCAAUGAGCUUUACAAACCUCCCAAGCCCACCUUGUUGAUGCUCUUCAUCAUGCAGUUGCUGGGUUUCAUCAUCAUUCUCUUGAUUAUCGCCGCAGUGGCCUCGAUGACUGUGAACGCCACGGGCUCCAAGAAGGACGACCCCCUCUCAUACACCACAGGCAUUGCGAUCUUCGUCAUUGUGAUCCUCAAUGCGGGCAUCGCGGCUUGGACGGAGCACAAAGCCGGUGAUGCUCUGGAAGCCUUGUCCAAGAUGACCCAGGCAGCCAUCUAUGCCACUGAGCAGGAGGUUCAGAUCACCACCAACACCGUGGUCCGUGGCGACAUCGUGGUGCUCGGCACCGGCGACGUCGUCCCCGCGGACAUGCGCCUGGCAGAGGCGGAGGAUCUCAAGGUCAGUGAGAUGGCGCUCACAGGAGAGCCGGACGAUGUCUCCAAGACCUGGAAGUUGAAACCAAGGAAAGAGGGCGAGCCUGAGAAGCUGACGCCAGAGGUUUGCGUCUUCUCGGGGUGCAACGUCACCAAUGGCAAGGGCCGUGGGGUCGUCACCGCCACCGGCAUGGGCACGCGCAUUGGCCGGAUUGCUCAGCUCAUCGCCGGUGAGGAGGGCCCCAAGAAGAAGUGCUUUUGCUUGCCCGAUACCUCGGCGAAUCAGACGCCCCUCCAAAGGAACCUGGAACAGCUGGGUGCGAAGAUCGGUAUUUUAGCGAUCGUCGUUUGCGUGUUGGUCUUCAUCAUCGGCGUCGCCUUGGAUCGAAAGCCCGUGGAAAGCCGAAAGGACGUGGACAGCCAAAGCGGAGCCGAGAGCGGAGCCGAGACCGGUGCCGCGUUGUACAUGGUCUUGAUUGCGGUGACCCUUGCAGUGGCAGCCAUCCCCGAGGGCAUUCCCCUCUGUGUGACCAUCUCCCUCUCGAUCGGAUGCAGCGACAUGGUGAACCAACACGUGCUGGUGCGAAAGCUGGCGGCGGUGGAGACUUUGGGCUCCGCCUCGGUGAUCUGCAGCGACAAGACGGGGACCUUGACCGAGGGGAAGAUGACCAUGGUGAACAUGUGGGCCGGCGGUGUGACCUACGAUGUGGGUGGCAAAGGCUUUGAUCCAACCGUUGGGAGGAUCACCACCUGUGACACAGGCGUCGAAGCGGGUCGACAGAUGGGCGUCCGGUCGACCUUGCUGUCGGGGAUCCUUUGCUGUGCCUUGGAGGUCGAGGUUCGAGAUCCAGAUACCGGUGAGGAGAAGUGGGAGCCGCGGGGCAACUCCUCGGAGGCGCCCAUCGUGGUGGCCGCCCGAAAGGUGGGCCUCACGGAGAACGUGUCCAAGGAUUAUCCGCGCACCAUCGAGAUCCCCUUCUCCUCCUCGCGGAAGAUGAUGCUCACCGUCUCCGACGUCUCGGGGCGGAGCCAUCUCUGCGAGGACGGCAUGCCGUUGCCCGAAGGCACCAAGUACCUGGCCGUGUGCAAGGCGCGAAGCCUGGGCAGAUCAGGCGUCGUCUUUUCCGUCAACUGCCGCAGUUCCCUUCGCCGUGAGUCCGAGCUGUUCCCGCAAAGACCUGGCGCUCCCAACUUCAUUGUGGACCUUUGCGAAGAGCGAAUGAUGGCGGAUGGCACCGUCGCAAAGCACCUCGGACGGGCAAAGGCCGAAGUCUUGAAGGUGGUGGAUGACUACAGCACCAAGGCCUUGCGGGUCUUGGCAGUGGCUGCUCGUCCAAUGAAGGAGCUGCCCUUUGACAUGCACGAUGACGAGCUGUCAACGGACCAGAAGUUCUCAGCUUUGCGCCAGGACCUGCGCCUGCUGGGCUUGGUUGCCUCUAUCGACCCGGACCGAGAUGGAGUGAAGGACUCAGUGCUGGCAGCCCGUGGUGCAGGUAUCCGCGUAGUGAUGAUCACGGGAGAUUACCUCAAGACCGCCAUCGCCAUUGCCAAGAAUGUGCAGAUUUUGCAGCCUCAGGAUGACGAGGCCACGGCGGCCGUAGAUUGCAACUGCUUGCGGCCCGGAGGCCAAUACCUGGAGACGAAGGAGAUGGACCGCAUGACGUCCACGGUGCGGGUCUUCGCGCGCGCGAAGCCGGAAGACAAAUUGGAGAUUGUCAAGUCCAUCCAACGCAUGGGCCAAGUAGCUGCCAUGACGGGCGAUGGCGUGAAUGAUGCACCCGCCUUGAACCAGGCCAACAUUGGCGUGGCCAUGGGCAUCCAGGGCACAGAGGUGGCGAAAGGUGCCAGUGACAUGAUUCUGACCGACGACAACUUUUGCUCCAUUGUGGCGGCCGUGGAGAAGGGCAGGGCCAUCUACUCGGGUAUCCAAAAGUUUGUGGCCUUCAUCAUGUCCGUGCACAUCGCAGAGGUGAUGCAAAUCUUCGUUUGCAUCGCGGCUGGCGUGCCGGUGAUGAGGACUCCUUUGCAGAUCCUCUUUCUGAUUUUGGUCACCGACCUUCCUCCCUCCAUCGCCCUGGGCAUGGAACCAGGGGAGCCGGGCAUCCUCAAGCUGCCGGGACGCGGCCGAGACCGAAGACUGAACCCAUCGCCGCGGCCCUUAGAAUGGUGGCAAGGGCGGCUUCAAUGGAAGUGCCCUGGAAAGGAUCCGAUACAGUUGCUAAGACGGCGCCUUCUGAAGCACAACCACCCUUUCACGGCGUACACUCCGGUCGCUCCGUCGCUCCAGUCCGACACUCCGGGCGACCGCUCCAUUUUUCGCAAUUCAGCGUGCCGGAACGCGACCGCCAGCGAAGGCCAUGAGGAGUUGAAGGCCUCGGGCCUUCUCUACGAAUGGCGAGAAGACAUGCUGUGCAUCUUUGACGGCGGAACCCUGACCCUUCGGGCCACCAGCUUCGAGUCUUACAGCCGCUGGGCUGCGUGCGGAGCCAGCUUUGGUCGCGCUCGCGCGGGUGCUCGCUCGGCCGGGUCCGGAGGUGCGGAGCAAGCGAUGCAAGAGGAUGUUCGAGUUUGGUAUGAAGCACCAAGGCAAGCCCUUGAGAACAUCAUGGGCGGCCGAACGCAGGUCUGCAUGGAUACGUCGUCCCAAUUCUUGGGCUAUUCACACGACCUGUCCGACAAGCAACGCCUGGCUAUGAAGGAUGCCUACAUUUGGCUGGAUUGGUUCAGCAUUCCACAGGUGCCAGAAGAGUUAAGCGAUGCAUCAUUAUCAUCCUCGCCCUUUGUGUCACCCACUUCCUCGCUGCUGUCGCACAUGUCCAUGUCAGCCACUCCAUCCACACAGGAGGUGCAGAUUGUUUGCAUCCCCAACUUCAUCCAGAGGUGUGAAAUCUUUGUGGUGCUGGUGCCCCCAUGGCAACAUGCGGACACAGGUGCCAUUUGCAAUUACUACAGCUGGUUGGCGCGUGGUUGGUGCCGGGCAGAAGUCUGGUGCCGGAUGCUCUCGACCUUCAAUCAGCCUAUGAUGGUGAUCUCAGCCAGCGACCAAGCCGAGUUCGCGACCCCGCUGAACUGGGUCGACGCCCUGCCAUUGGAGGGCGACUUCACCGUCGCCGGGGACCGUCAGAAUAUCCGGCAUAUGUUGAAGUCGUUGCUCGAUCAAAAGCUCGGGUGCUUGCUGAAACAGAGCAGCUGGGACUAUUUGCGCUUCUUUACUGCCCGCCGUGACAUCCUAUUGGGACGUCAUCAUCAGUGUGCCAAGUCCAUGGAAGCCUUCCUGGAACAGUUUCAUUUCACGUCCCUCAAAGAGGCGAAGGGCACUUCGGGUAUGGGCCCAGUCGCCUGUGCUGUGCUCUCCGGGAACUUAGAGAUCUUGGAGAUGCUGCGGGUCGAAGGUUUGGAUCUCAACGGCCCAUUGAAGAAGAUGCCGGAUGUUGGGAUAUUGGUGCCAUGGAGUUCGAUCUUCUUGGCUGUGAAGUUCCAAUGGCGCACUCCAGAGGUCCUAAGAGCUCUCUUGGGGGCUCGCGCCGAUGCCAUGACGAUUCCCAGCCAGCAUGCGCUGGGGAUGUGCCGCACAGCCGAGGAUGUUGAACUCCUCAUCGAGUACAAGGCGGAGGUCAACCAGUUGGUACCGCCGUUGAACAACCCCGUCAUCGGACAAGCCUGCAUGUCCUGUGCACCAGCAGAGGUGGUGGCAAAGUUGCUGGAAUACAAAGCCGAGGUCAAUGGUCCCACGUGCGGCGGCAGCGGUGCAUCGCAGCCCUUUGCAAACCUGGCUCUCUACGCCAACGUGAAUCCUGCGAGCGAGGCCGUGGCACACUUGCUCAUCUCAGCAAGGGCAGACUUGAACCAGCAAUGCCAAGCCACGGGCAUGUGGAAGGCGAUGGAAUUAUCGAGCAGGGCAUAUUUGCAGUUCGCGCAGAGCAGCUCGCCCUUGGUGCAUCUCUUUGCAGAGUGGACCACAACACCCUUAGGCUUCGCGUGCUUCUUUGGGCGACCGGCCCUGGUGCAGCUCUUAUUGGACUCGAAGUCGGAUCCGGAGAUCCGAAACGCCCGCGGGAAGCAGCCCUUUGACCUCACGGAGUACGAGGAUGUUCUUUGGAUCGCCCUGAAGGCCAACGUCCGCUCAGUGGUCUUGUCGAAGAAUUCGGUGAUGAUUUGA